AUGACAAAUACCAAAAACCAACGUAUCGGUCAGGUGGAAUCUCACCGGCGAGGCAAAUUAAGAGAGAAAUCAUAUUCCUUUUACGGUCACACUUCGGCCACGGCGGCAACGUUGGCCACUGCAAAACUUCGAAGGCCGAAGACGAUGCCGGAACUCGUACUAGACAGGAAGCGUGCAGCAACGACGGAGAUUUUCCCGAGACAGCCGUCGAAGUUGCUACUUAAAGUUACGAUGAUGGGGAGCCUUGGUCCUGUCCAAGUGUUGAUAACACCGGAAUCAACCGUUGGAGAUGUGAUUGCGGCGGCGGUGUGCAUUUAUAUAAAAGAAGCUCGCCGUCCAAUCUUGCCGUCGAACGAAGCUUCCGGAUUCGAUCUCCAUUACUCUCAGUUCAGCUUAGAAAGUUUGGAUAGAAAUGAGAUGCUGAGGGAAAUUGGAUCAAGAAAUUUUUUCAUGUGUCCGAAGAAGAUUGAAGAGGUUGAGAAUAACGGUGAAGACCGUAGCGUAACGGCGUCGUUUGGUUCAUGUUCAAGAGAAGCGGAAAAAACGAGCAAAGGUUUUGGCUUGCUAAGGUGUAUAGAUUUCUUGCUGUGA